AUGAAGAACCCAAUACCCAGCCAAGAAAAAACAAAAAAGAUUGCAGCAGAACAACCCGAGACAACAGGAAAAGAAGAGAAAAUCAAACAGAAGAAGCGAAAAAAUGAAGAAAAUCAAGGUGAGCCUACCAAGAAGCAGAAGGGGGAUGGAACGAAGCUGGUUGUUCUGGACGACAAGUCCGAAGAGAAUCAAGCUGUCGACGGCAUCCUGACAGCCCGCAAGUUUGAGGAGCUGAACAUCUGCGAGGAGAGCAAGAAGGGGGUAGCCGAUCAAGGCUUCACGUGCAUGACGGAGAUUCAAGCCAAGACCAUUGCUCCCUUGCUCAGUGGCCGAGAUGUGCUCGCUCAAGCUAAGACUGGCUCCGGCAAAACCCUUGCCUUCCUCCUCCCCUGCAUCGAGUUGCUUCAUAAGGGUCAUUUUGCGCAAAGGAACGGAACUGGAGCAAUCGUGCUCGCCCCCACGCGAGAGCUGGCCCUGCAAACUUACGCUGUUGCGCGCGAAACGAUGAAGUAUCACAAUCACACGCACGGAGUGGUCAUGGGAGGAGCGAACAGACGAGCGGAGGCAGAGAAGCUGGUCAAGGGCGUCAACCUCCUCAUCGCUACUCCUGGGCGACUUCUGGACCACUUGCAGAACACCAAAGGGUUCAUAUACAAGAACUUGCAAGUUCUUAUCAUCGAUGAAGCGGAUCGCAUCCUGGAGCAGGGGUUUGAGGACGAGAUGAGAGAAAUCUUGAAGCUCCUCCCGUCAAAUCGACAGAGCAUGCUCUUCUCAGCCACCCAGACCUCUAAAGUUGAAGACCUGGCCAGGUUGUCUUUGAGAGGAAAGCCAGUCCUGUCAAGCACGCAGCAGGGCUACGUGGUUGUCUCGUCAGAGCUGAGGUUCCGAUUGCUCUACACCUUCCUAAAGAAGAACUUGAAUAAGAAGGUGCUGGUUUUCUUCUCCUCCUGCAAUGCCGUCAAGUUCUACGCGGAGCUUCUCAACUUCGUCGACAUUCCAGUGCUUGACCUGCACGGCAAGCAGAAGCAGCAGAAGCGAACCACCACCUUCUUCGAGUUCUGCAACGCUGAAAAGGGGAUCCUCCUCUGUACCGAUGUUGCUGCUCGAGGACUCGACAUCCCAACGGUGGACUGGGUCAUCCAAUUUGACCCCCCAGACGAGCCCAAGGAAUACAUCCACCGUGUCGGCAGAACAGCUAGAGGAAUCAACACACAAGGAAGGGCUCUCUUGAUGCUACUUCCUCAAGAGCUGCAAUUUCUGAAAUAUCUUCGCCAUGCAAAUGUGCAACUGACGGAGUUUGAGUUUCCUCCCCACAAGAUUGCAAACAUCCAGCAGCAACUCGAGAGCUUGAUCGCCAAGAACUACUACCUCAAUCGCAGCGCCAAGGAUGCCUACCGCUCCUACAUCUUAGCCUACGCCUCUCACGGGCUCAAGAACAUCUACGACGUGAAGUCGCUCGACAUGCUCGCCGUCGCCAAGUCCUUCGGCUUCAGCAACCCGCCAAACGUCAUGCUCAACUUCGGAGUCAAGCCAUCCGAUAGCGUGAGGAAGCGAGGAGGAGGGGGAGGAUUUGGCACGGGAUACAAGAAAGCCGUCACCAAGAAGAAGACAGGACAUGGAUUCAGCGCUGAUAACCCUUACGGCAUGAGACAACAGAAUGACAAGCGACAGUUUGCAAAGUGA